UAGGGCAUCGACCAAACCAGAUUGCGAAGUUGAAACAGAGAAGACAGAGAAAUAUUAUGAACAUCAUUCCGACAAAAGGAUUGUCUCUCUUCAACUCUCUCAUACACUCCUCCAAAGGUGCUCUUCCAGCAUAUUAGUCGUGCACCCAAGAUUGGGUUUGUGAAUUUGUUGCAACCCAGAGGAGGAUUUAGAGGAGGUAUUGCGAAGAAAAUGGCUUGGAGUUUAGAGAAAUGCGAUGUGAAUGGGGAAACCAACUUGGGGCUGGUUCGACCGGCGACAGAGGAAUAUGCUGAAGAGGCAAUUGAAGCUCUGAAAGUUGGGAAAGUCAUAGCAGUGCCCACUGAUACACUUUACGGAUUUGCUUGUGAUGCUUGUUCUAUGGAAGCAGUUAAUAGGAUUUAUGAGAUCAAAGGGCGUAAGCAUACGAGCCCUCUUGCAAUUUGUGUGGGGGAUGUACAUGACAUACAACGUUUUGCCAUCACGGAUCAUUUGCCUCGAAGUUUGCUUGAUUGUCUCCUUCCAGGACCUGUUACUGUGGUGUUAAGGCGAGGGGACUCGAGUAUUCUUGAGAAGUCAUUAAACCCCGGAUUGGAUAGCAUAGGAGUUCGAGUGCCUGACUGUAACUUUAUCAGGGUUAUUGCCCGUGGUUCUGGAAGCGCAAUGGCCCUUACGAGCGCAAACCUUAGUGGCAGGCCUAGUAGUGUAGACAUCAAAGAUUUUGAGAAUCUUUGGGAGCAUUGUGCAUACAUCUAUGAUGGGGGUGUACUUCCAUCGGGACGUGCUGGAUCAACAGUUGUGGACCUUACCAAGCUAGGAAAGUACAAAAUUCUGAGACCAGGGAGUGCAGAAGAAGAGACUGUUGCAAUCCUUGAGAGACAUUCGCUACUGGAAGAUGGAACUGCUACUUAACGAGAGUUUCAAUUUCAUACAUGACCUUCAAUAUGUUAAGAAUUUAUUGGUCAGUUGACGAAGGGGCAGGCUAUGCUUGAGUGUAUACGGGCACAGCGCCACCAUACAGAACUGUUGAAGAUUAAUUUGAGAUUAUCCCCCAUGCAUGUUCUUGGGAGGCUUCACAAGGUCCUCAACAUUUGUGUCAUAAACUGUUGUCAUUCUACAAAAUUUGUGCACCCAAAGUUCUAAUGGCAUUUGUGCUUGCUGUAAUUAUGAUAUUUAUCACCUAUUAAUAGCUCUGUUAAAUAAUGUAUCGUGGCCCUGUUUUCAGUUGAUUCUUUGUUUUUUUGUGAAUCUAUAUUCCUACAUGACUACCUUGCUUAACCUUCUUUCAACAUAG